GCAUGUGCUUCUCCUAUCUCCUAUUGCCCCCACCAUUUUCCCUCUCCUUUUGAAACAAUUAAAAUGGACCCUUUCCUUCUCCUUUCUCUCUCCCUUACCUCUCUGUCUCUUUCCCUCUCUCUCGUCGAAUUCACGAAUUCGUGAGGUGACCGCAGAUUUGUUCUUAGCAAUCUUUGACGACACUAGAAGUAAACAAAUUCUUAAAAAGGUAUGUGUUCAUGUCUCUUCUGGUUAUAAUAAGGAACCCUAAACGGGGAAAAAAUCCAGUUUGGUUAUGAUUUGAUGUAUAUUAGUAUAUUACAUACAUGUAUCCCUUUGAUGUAUAAAGACAUCAUGGUUUAUUACUUAGGAUUAACUUACUUUUUCUUGAAAAAUGACUCAUAAUUGAGUAUAUUUCUACUUGAUUAGGAUUUAGGAUGCAGCCUACGAGCUCAAUGAAUGAAGAAUUCCUAAAGAAAUGGCAAAUGGGUCUUCAAAUAUUCCGUCCUUCGAUAGACAACACGAGCGUCCACGAGAGAAAAAAAGCAAUAAAGCUCUCUGCAGACGUUGCAAUGGCGUCUCUAAGAAAAGGAACAACUUGUUGGAGCCGAGCCCUAAUCGAGAAAACCGCCACCGAGGACAAUUUCCUCGUACGUCAGAUGCUUUCCGGCAUCAAAGCGGAAACGUUAAUCAACAAGAAGUUGCCUAAGAAGACUGUGUGUCAUAGGAAGAUCGUGAGGCGAAGCAAGAAGAUCUUGAGGAGGAAAUCGAAAUCAGCGAGCGAAGAGGCUGCAGCAAAAGCUAAGAGACUCGUCAAGAGACGGACUCAAGGAUUAAGAAACGUUGUACCUGGUGGUGAGUUGAUGAGCAAUGACGUCUUGUUGCUUCAAGAAACGUUAGAUUACAUUGUGUCGCUUCAAACGCAAGUAAAUGUUAUGAGAAGUAUUGUUGAUGCUGCCGAGGCCGAAAUUGAGAGAUAAAUGAUAAAAAAAAAUCUUGUUUUAUUUUUUUAUCUGCGGAGAUUAGUUGCGAAAGCAUGAUGUCGAUCGGAUCUUGUUGUUGGUCAUUAGAACCGUAUGUUAUUCGGACAAUGCAAUUGUCAUACGAGGAUGGAGAGAUAUUAUAGUAAGCCAUUUUGUACAUAAGGAAAUUUAUACAAUGCUUAUAGAAAGUUUCUGCUACGUGAUGGUGGUUUUUAUUGGAACAUUUCUUGGCAAAUUUUUAUUUUUUUUGAAUUUAAUUUAGUUAAUGUGAGUGAAUUUUAAGAUAUUUUUAACGCUUCGAUUGCUUUUCUUGGCAUGUUUU